GAAGGCGGGAGUACCCUCGCAGCCCUGGAACCGGCUUCUGCUCUUGUACAUUAUGCUGCUCGCCGCCUCGGUUCACGGCAACGCUCAAAACUGCAGUUAUACAUUAUAUAGUCCAAAUGGGACGAUAGAAAGCCCUGGAUACCCUUACGGAUACCCAAACUAUGCCAAUUGCACAUGGGUGGUUGUGGCACAAGAACACAACCGGAUACAGCUAGUUUUCCAAGGGUUUGCUUUAGAAGAGGACUUUGACAUACUGUCUGUCUACGAUGGGCAGCCAAGUCCUGGAAACCUACGAACCCGGUUAACAGGCUUCCGGCUUCCUCCUCCAAUAGUCAGCACUGGAGCAAGACUCACACUGUGGCUACUAUCGGACUAUGCUGUGAGUGGCCAGGGCUUCAAAGCAGUAUAUGAAGCUCUUCCUAGCUACACUUGUGGCAACCCCGGGCAGCUGCAGAAUGGCCUCCAGCAGGGCUCCACUUUUAACAUCGGUGAUAAGAUCCGCUACAGCUGCAGCCAGGGUUUUGUUCUGGAAGGCCACGCAGUGCUUUCGUGCCUAGCCACAUCCUCAGGCACGGCUGCUUGGGACUUCCCUCUGCCCUACUGCCGAGCAGACGAUGGCUGUGGGGGAACACUGCGAGGUCAGAGCGGUAUCAUCACAAGCCCAAACUACCCACAGGAGUAUAACAACAAUGCAGACUGCACAUGGACAGUGCUGGCUGAGCCAGGUGACACAAUUGCUCUCGUUUUCACCGACUUCCAGCUAGAAGAAGACUACGAUGUCCUGGAAGUCAGUGGUACAGAUGGCUCUGCACAGUGGUUCACGGGUCCUAAUCUCCCCUCACCUAUAAUUAGCAGUAAGAACUGGCUACGUAUCCACUUCACCACUGAUGGCAACCACAAGCUGAGGGGCUUCAGUGCUCAGUACCAAGUAAAGAAGAUGACAGAGCUGAAGUCCAGAGGAGUGAAGAUGCUUCCAAGUAAAGACAACCACAGCAAGAUUUCAGUGUUGUCCCAGAUGGGUGUGGCGCAAGGACACAACAUGUGCCUGGACCCUGGGAUCCCAGACAGGGGGAAAAGAAAAGGCUCAGACUUCAGACGUGGGGCCACAGUGCACUUCUCCUGUGAUGAAGGUUAUGAGCUGCAGGGCUCCAAGAGCAUCACCUGCAUGCGUGUGACUGACAACUACGUAGGCUGGAGUGACGACCGACCCAUCUGUAGAGCACCUAUGUGUGGAGGCCAGCUCCGAGGCCCAAGUGGUGUCAUCACAUCUCCCAACUUCCCAGUCCAAUAUGAUAACAAUGCCAACUGUACCUGGAUCAUUACUGCUUCAGACCCCUCCAAGGUAAUAAAGUUGACCUUUGAGGACUUUGACCUGGAGCGUGGGUAUGACACUCUAACUGUGGGCGAUGGAGCUGUAAUUGGGGACCAAAGGACCGUCUUUCAUGUGCUGUCAGGAACCAACACUCCAGACCUGGUGGUGAGCACCAGUCAUCAGAUGUGGCUUAAUUUCAAGACAGAUGAUACCAGUGGGUCCUUGGGAUUCAAAGUGUCUUAUGAGGAAAUCGACCAGGGAGGAUGUGGAGACCCUGGGAUUCCAGCCUAUGGCAAGCGAGAAGGAACAGGCUUCAGGCAUGGGGACAGACUGUAUUUUGAAUGCCUACCUGCCUUUGAGCUGGUCGGGAAAAAGAACAUCACCUGUCAAAAGAACAACCAGUGGUCAGCCAAGAAACCCAGCUGUGUGUUCUCAUGCUUCUUCAAUUUCACUACACCAUCUGGAGUUCUGCUUUCACCGAACUACCCUCAGGAGUACGGGAACAACAUGCACUGCGUGUGGCUGAUCAUCGCUAAGCCUGAGAGCAGGAUCAACCUGGCCUUCAAUGACCUGAGCAUGGAAAAGCAGUUUGACUUCCUGUCCAUCAAAGACGGGGGAAAGGCUGAGUCACCCAUUUUGGGAAGCUUUUCUGGAGAUGUUCUUCCAUCGCCCAUCACCACAAGUGGACAUGUAGCACGGCUGGAGUUUCUCACUGAUCACACAUAUACUGAUCGUGGCUUCAACAUCACCUUUACCACAUUUCGCCACAAUGAGUGCCCCGAUCCUGGAGUGCCGGUCAAUGGGAAGCGCUUUGGUGAGAAUUUGCAGCUGGGUAGUUCUAUCUCUUUCCUGUGUGAGGAGGGUUUUGUGAAGACCCAUGGCUCCCAGACCAUAUCCUGUAUCCUCAAAGAUGGCAACGUGGUGUGGGACAAUGCUGUGCCACGCUGUGAAGCUCCAUGUGGUGGAGAUUUGAAAGCCCCCAGCGGCAUCAUUCUGUCCCCUGGCUGGCCUGAGCUCUAUAAAGAGGCUCUCAACUGCGAGUGGAUCAUCGAGGCUCCACCUGGAUACCCAAUCAAGAUCAUCUUUGACAAGUUUCGAACAGAGGUUAACUAUGAUGUAUUGGAGGUGCGGGAUGGGCGCUUUCCCUCUUCGCCCCUCAUUGGUAGUUACCAAGGUACCCAAGUGCCUCAGUUUCUCAUUAGCACCUCCAACUUCCUGUACCUGCUCUUUUCGACGGACAAGAGCCAUUCAGACAUCGGCUUCCGGAUCCGAUAUGAAACCUUGCAGCUGCAGUCUGACCACUGUGUUGAUCCUGGGAUUCCAGUCAAUGGUCAACGCCAUGGCAAUGAUUUCUAUGUGGGCGCACUUGUGACCUUUAGCUGUGAUGCAGGAUACACCCUCAGUGACCCCGAGCCUCUAGAAUGCGAGCCCAACUUCCAGUGGAAUCGCCCCCUUCCUAGCUGUGAUGCACUUUGUGGCGGGUUUAUUCAGGGAAACUCGGGCACUAUUCUGUCGCCUGGUUUUCCAGACUUCUACCCCCACAACCUCAAUUGUACCUGGAUGAUCGAGACCUCACAUGGCAAAGGUGUCCAGUUCACCUUCCACACCUUUCAUUUGGAGAGCCCUCAUGACUGUCUCCUGGUGACAGAGAAUGGUAGUUUUUCUCAGCCGCUUUGGAGGCUGACCGGCUCCAUCCUGCCUCCUCCUCUCAGUGCCGGUCUGUUCGGGAACUACACUUCUCAGAUCCGCUUCCUCUCUGAUUUUUCUGUGUCUUACGAGGGCUUCAACAUCACCUUCUCAGAGUACGAUCUAGAGCCAUGUGAGGACCCUGGCGUGCCUCCUUUCAGUACUCGUAAGGGGCUGCAGUUUGGCGUAGGUGAUGCUCUCUUCUUCUCCUGCUUUCCUGGAUACCGGUUGGAGGGGCCGGCAAAGGUGGUGUGUUUAGGGGGGCGGCGGCGGGUCUGGAGUUCCCCUCUCCCAAGGUGUGUUGCUGAAUGCGGUUCCUCUGUGACUGGGAAACAAGGCGUCCUCCUGUCUCCAAACUACCCUGGCUACUAUGGCAACAAUCACGAGUGCAUCUACUCCAUCCAGACCCAGCCUGGCAAAGGCAUUCAGCUUCGGGCUCGAGACUUCCGCCUGGAGGAUGAUGACAUGCUAAUGGUGUAUGAUGGAAGCAGUAACCGUGCUCGUUUGCUCGGUGUCUUCAUGGGCACAGAGCUAAUGGAAGUGACGCUGAACAGCACAUCCAGCACUAUGUGGCUGGAGUUUAUCAGUAACAGUGAGAACACCAGCAAAGGUUUUGAGCUGCACUUCACCAGUUUUGAUCUGGUGAAAUGUGAGGAUCCAGGCAUGCCUCAGUUUGGCUAUAAGCUCGAGGACAAGGGUCACUUUGCAGGAAGCACAGUGUCGUACAGCUGUGAUCCUGGAUAUACCUUAAAGGGUAAUGAGGUGCUGACAUGUCUCAGAGGGGAGAGAAGAGCCUGGGACAGCCCUCUACCACAGUGUAUAGCUGAGUGUGGUGGGUCGAUCAAGGACGAGCCUGCAGGUCGCAUCCUGUCUCCAGGUUACCCAGCGCCCUAUGAGCACAAUCUGCACUGUGUGUGGACCAUUGAGGCUCCACCUGGAAGCACCAUUGGGCUGCACUUUCUGGUUUUCCACACGGAGGAGGUGCAUGAUGUGUUGCGGAUCUGGGAUGGGCCUCAGGAUGGUGGUGUACUUCUCAAAGAGUUAAGCGGCUCCACACUGCCUCUGGACCUCCAUAGCACCUUCAACUCCAUCAGCCUGCAGUUCACUACUGACUUUUUCACCAGCAAGCAAGGCUUUGCUCUGCAGUUCUCAGUGUCCACAGCUACAUCCUGUAACGACCCUGGGUUUCCUACUAAUGGCACACGCAGUGGGGACAGUAAAGUGCCAGGGGACUAUGUGCUGUUCCAGUGUGAUCCUGGUUAUGUUCUACAGGGAGCCAAUAAGAUCACCUGCACUGAGAUCAACAACCGUUUCUUCUGGCAACCUGAACCACCCACCUGCUCAGCUCCAUGUGGAGGGAAUCUGACUGGCCCAAGUGGGCUGAUUUUAUCCCCCGAAUACCCCGAGCCCUACCCUCAUGGCAGAGAGUGUGACUGGACAGUCACUGUCACCCAAGACUACAUCAUCUCCCUCACUUUCAACCACUUUAGCCUAGAACCCAGCUAUGACUUCCUGCAUAUCUAUGAUGGACCUGACUCUCUAAGCCCACUGUUGGGAAGCUUCUAUGGCACUGAUGUCCCAGACCACAUAGAGAGUAGCUCGAAUAGGCUUUUCCUGGCCUUCCGAAGUGAUGCCUCACUUAGCAGCAAUGGCUUUGUCCUGCAGUACACAGAGAACCCCAGAGAAUCGUGCUUCGAGCCAGGUCUUGUCCGGAAUGGGACUCGAAUUGGUACAGAGUUGAAGCUUGGUUCCACGGUCACUUACUACUGUGAUAGCGGCUAUACGCUGGAGGGAGAAGCCAUCCUCACCUGUGUGAUGGGGGCAGACAGCAAACCCACCUGGAACAAACCAAAACCUGUUUGCAUAGCUCUGUGUGGUGGCCAGUACUCUGGGCUGGAGGGAGUCGUGCUCUCCCCUGGCUAUCCUGGAAACUACAGCGGUGGGAGAACGUGUCUCUACUCAGUGGCCGUGCCCAACGAUUAUGUGGUCUUCAGCCAGUUUGCCUUCUUCCAGACGGCACUGAACGAUGUGGUCGAAGUUUACGACGGUCCAACGCAACAUGCCCGCGUCUUGAGCUCACUCUCAGGGUCUCACUCAGGUGAGUCCCUGCCACUGGCCACCUCCAAUCAGAUCCUCAUCCGCUUCACCUCUAAAGGACACUCUUCAUCCAGAGGCUUUCACCUCGUCUACCAAGCCGUCCCAAGAACCAGUGCGACUCAGUGCAGCUCGGUUCCAGAGCCCAGGCACGGGAGACGCACAGGAAAUAACUUUGCUGUAGGAGCUGUGGUGCGAUUCGAAUGUAAUGCAGGCUAUGUGCUGGAAGGCCCCAGUGCCAUCGAGUGCCUGACAGUGCCUAAUGCCCUGGCACAGUGGAACAACACCAUCCCCAGCUGUAUAGUUCCCUGCGGAGGAAAUCUGACCCAGCGCACAGGCACCAUUCUGUCUCCUGGUUACCCUGAGCCCUAUUUAAACAGCCUGAGCUGUGUGUGGAAAAUCACUGUGCCGGAGGGAUCGGGGAUACAGAUCCAGGUGAUCAGCUUUGUGACUGAGCAGAACUGGGACUCACUGGAGGUGUUUGACGGGGGUGACAACACUGACGCCAUGCUGGGGAGCUUCUCAGGAACCUCAGUGCCAGCACUUUUGAACAGCACAUCCAACCAGCUGUACCUGCACUUCUUCUCAGACAUCAGUGUGUCAGCGGCUGGCUUCAGGCUAGAGUACAAGACGGUCUCCCUCACAAGCUGUCCUGAACCGGUUAUACCUAUGAAUGGUUUCAAAGUGGGAGAGCGUUUACAGAUGAACAAUGUCGUGUCCUUCCUGUGUGAUCCUGGAUAUACUUUACAGGGAGUGUCACAUAUCACCUGCAUGCCAGGAACUGUGCGGCGCUGGAAUUAUCCUCCACCACUCUGCAUUGCACAGUGUGGGGGGAUCAGAGAAGAGAUGGAAGGAACCAUCCUGAGUCCUGGUUUCCCUGGAAACUACCCUAGCAACAGUGACUGCACUUGGAGGAUCUACCUACCAGUUGGCUAUGGAGCCCACAUACAGUUUCUUAAUUUCUCAACCGAGGCGAACCAUGACUUUCUGGAGAUCAGGAAUGGCCCUUUUGACACUAGUACUGUGAUUGGCCGAUUCAGUGGGCAGGAUGUCCCGGCAUCUCUUCUUACUACGUCCCAUGAAACUACAGUGUAUUUCCACAGUGAUCAUUCCCAGAACAAACCAGGAUUCAGAUUUGAUUAUCAGGCAUAUGAGCUCCAAGAAUGUUCAGAUCCAGAGCCUUUUCACCAUGGAGUGGUGGUGGGUGCUGGGUACAAUGUAGGCCAGUCCAUCUCCUUCGAGUGUUACCCUGGAUAUCAACUAAUGGGUCAGUCCAUUCUCACCUGCCAACAUGGUACAACCCGCACCUGGGAUCAUCCCUUUCCUCGGUGUGAAGUGCCAUGUGGAGGGAAUAUUGCAUCAGACAAUGGAACCAUCUUUUCUCCUGGCUAUCCGGAGGAGUACCCAAGCUCUGCGGACUGCACAUGGCUAAUCACGGUGGCCCCGGGCUUGGGCGUGCGCCUUAAUUUUACCCUGCUGCAGGUUCAUGGGCCCCAUGACUUCAUCACUGUGUGGGAUGGACCACAGGAAAAUGCACGAAAGCUUGGUGUAUUUACAGACAGUGAGCCUAAUGACCCGCCCAGCAGCACAUCCAAUCAGAUCCUUAUACGGUUCCGCAGCAACUCAGAAAAAGGCGGACUUUUCAAGAUCAACUACCAAGCCUACAGACUCCAGUUUUGCUUACCCCCUCCCAUCAUCCCCAAUGCAGAAAUCCUGAUGGCCAGCAAAGAGUUCAAAAUAGGUGAUAUAGUGCGCUACAGAUGUUUACCUGGGUACCACCUCAAUGGGAACAGCAUUUUAACCUGCCGUCUGGGCACACACCUGGAGUUUGAAGGACCUCCACCUUCGUGUGAUGUGAUGUGUCCAAUGAAUGAGGUGCUGACAGCCUCUACAGGAGUGAUUCUGAGUCAAUCCCCAGGCAGUGGCUUCCCCCACUUUGAGUCCUGCUCCUGGAUAGUGAAGGUGGAGCCAGGCUACAACAUCACCUUCACUAUUGAACACUUCCAAACCAGCAGACAGUUUGAUGAGCUUGAAAUCUUUGACGGUCCAUCCAGACAGAGUCCUCUUCUCAUCACUCUAAGCGGGAACUACUCAUCACCACUGGGCAUCACCAGCUCUACCAAUAAAGUCUACCUGCACUGGUCUUUUGAUCACACCUCCAGUCACAAAGGCUUUCGAAUCCGCUACUCAGCGGCCUACUGCAGUACCCCUAACUCUCCAGUGAAUGGCUCAGUGCACAGCCAGACAGGCACAAAACUGGGCAGUACAUUGCGCUUCAGCUGUGACCAGGGCUUCCGCUUGGUUGGCCAGAGCAGUGCCACCUGCACCCGCACCCCACAAGGCAUCUACCAGUGGAAUGCUCCUGUACCCCUCUGCCAAGUGGUAUCAUGUGGAAUGCCCAUGGCUCCAGUGAAUGGCAGUGUGGUUGGUCAGGAUUUUACUCUUGGUUUAAGGGUCACAUUCAGAUGUAACCCAGGUUUCCGACUAGCCAACACCUUACCUGUAUCAACUGUUUGUCAAGAGUCAGGGAGGUGGAGUCCUAUGGAAACGCCACCCCGCUGCAUACCUGUCACCUGCCCUGACAUCGGCCACUCAGCAGUAGAGCAUGGGAGAUGGAGGCUUAUCUAUGGCAUGCAGAAUCAGUAUGAGGCCAUGAUGAUGCUCACCUGUGACCCUGGGUACUUCUACAAGGGUCAAAGGGUCAUUCGUUGCCAGGCCAACAGCACCUGGGAUUACCCUGAACCCAGACCUGCAUGUGAAAUUAUCUCUUGUGGAGACCUUGGAACUCCACCCAAUGGAAAUAAGAUUGGUACUCUGACUGUAUUCGGAGCAACAGCCAUUUUCUCCUGUAACACAGGCUACACUCUAGUGGGCUCCAGGGUGAGAGAAUGCAUGGCCAAUGGCUUGUGGAGUGGAUCCGAGGUCCAAUGUCUUGCUGGGCACUGUGGCUCUCCUGACCCCAUAGUUAAUGGGCAGAUAAUUGGUGAGAACUAUAAUUACAGGGGCAGCGUGGUUUACCAGUGUAACCCUGGGUUCAGACUCAUUGGCGUUUCAGUUCGGAUAUGUGAGCAAGAUCACCGCUGGUCUGGAAAACCACCUGUUUGUGUCCCUAUCACAUGUGGACAUCCAGGAAAUCCUGCCAAUGGUGUGACCCAGGGAACACACUUCAACCUCAAUGACAUAGUUCGCUUUGCCUGCAGUACUGGCUAUGUUUUACAGGGAGCCGUUAAUUCUCAUUGCCAAUCCAAUGGGCAGUGGAGCAACUCCCUGCCCAGAUGUAGAAUUGUGAACUGCACAGAGCCUGGGCAUGUGGAGAACAGUGUGAGACAGGUCUUGCCCAGCGGGCCUCAUCGCUACAGCUUCCAGACUACAGCCUCUUACACAUGCAAUCCAGGAUACUACCUGCUGGGCACCAGCACUCUGACAUGCCAGGGCGAUGGCACCUGGGAUCGAUCACUACCCAAGUGUCUCUUGGUGCUGUGUGAUCAUCCCAGCAUGCCUCCUUACGCACAGAUCUCAGGGGAAAGGAGAACGGUGGGCUCAGUGAUCCGCUACAGCUGCAUGGGCCAGCGUGCCAUUGUAGGCAACACCACCCGUGUGUGCCAGCUGAAUGGCCAGUGGAGUGGCUCUCCGCCACACUGUACUGGUGAUUCUGGGGGCAGAUGCGGUGACCCUGGCGUGCCAGUGCAUGGUAUUCGUCUGGGAGAGCAGUUCUCUGUGGAAAGUGUGGUGCGCUUCAGCUGUGAGCCAGGUUAUGUGCUUCGUGGUUCUUUAGAGCGGACCUGCCUGGCCAAUGGCACCUGGCUGGGCACGCAGCCUGAGUGCCAGGUUGUGUCUUGUGGUAAUCCCGGCACUCCUCGGAACGCUUUGAUCCAGUUCCAUGAUGGGCUGAUCUUCUCCCGCUCCAUUACAUAUGCAUGCAGAGAGGGUUACUAUUCCACUGGCCUGCUCACACGCCACUGCACCGUCAACGGAACAUGGACUGGAGACAUGCCUGAGUGUACAGUUAUUAACUGCGGAGACCCAGGGGUGCCAGCAAAUGGUCUGCGACAAGGCAAUGACUUCACAUAUGGUAGCACUGUUAGCUUCCAGUGUUCCCCAGGCUUCACCAUGGACGCUGACCGUGCCUCCACACUCAUCUGCACAAAGGAUCGCACUUGGAAUGGCACCAAGCCUGUGUGUAGAGCAAUUGUUUGUGGAGCUCCACCCAGUAUUCCUAAUGGCCAGGUGGUAGGAACUGACUUCCAGUGGGGCUCCAGCAUCAGUUACACCUGCAACCAAGGCUAUCAACUCUCUCUGCCCACUGUACUCACCUGCCAGGGCUCUGGCAACUGGAGUGGUGAAAGGCCACAGUGUUUCCCUGUUUUCUGUGGGGAUCCAGGAAUCCCAGCUCAGGGCCGGCGUGAGGACCGAGGAUUCACUUACCUUUCCUCUGUGUUCUUCUCCUGCUUUCCACCUCUGGUACUGGUUGGCUCCACACGGAGAUACUGCCAGUAUGAUGGAACCUGGAGUGGGACCCAGCCAUCUUGUAUAGAUCCAAGUCACACCAGCUGUGUGGAUCCUGGCACACCCCUGUUUGGAUCUCAGAACAACACUCAAGGAUACCAGAUUGGCAGUACAGUUUUCUAUAGCUGCAGAAAGGGUUACCUGCUCCUUGGUUCCAUCUCUCGUACCUGCCUGCCCAACCUCACUUGGAGUGGCAUGUCACCAGAGUGUAUUGCUCAUCACUGUAGUCAGCCUGAACUUCCAGCACAGGCAGACGCUAGAGCCAUAGAGCUGCCGUCUCUGGGUUACACUCUCAUCUACACCUGUCAGCCUGGCUUUUAUUUAGCUGGAGGCUCUGAACACCGCACGUGCAGACCUGAUGGCAGCUGGACUGGCAAGCCACCACUAUGUGCAGCUGAUAACAGACCAAGUGGGAAAACAGUUGGAACAGUGCAAGAGCCACCCAACACAAAACUUCAGGUGCCUAGUGGAGUGUUUGCUCGGAACUCACUGUGGAGGGGCUCAUAUGAGUACCUUGGGAAGAAGCAGCCAGCAAUGCUUAGCAUUACUGCUUUCGAACCGUUCAGUAACCGGGUCAAUGGCACCCUAAUGGACCAUAGUGGAGUGCAGCUCAAUCUGGCUGGAACCUAUAAGAGAGAAGAGGCCCAUUUGUUGCUCCAGGUCUAUCAGAUCCGAGGGCCAGUGGAAAUCUUUGUCAACAAAUUCAAAAUCGACAACUGGGCCCUGGAUGGACAUGUGUCAUAUAUUCCUUCAUCUAACUCCUUUGUGUAUCAAGGAUUUGUUCGAGGAAAAGGAUUUGGCCAGUUUGGGCUUCAGAGGCUUGAGGGGCUGGACACAAAUGGGGAGAAUCCCAGCUACAAUUUUGCCUCUAAUAGCAGUUCAGUGGCAGCAGCCAUCUUAGUGCCUUUUAUAGCCAUGAUUAUAGCAGGAUUUGCUCUGUACCUCUACAAACACAGAAAAAGACCCAAAGUACCCUUCAAUGGCUAUGCCGGCCAUGAAAACACCAAUGGAAGAGCAACGUUUGAAAACCCCAUGUACGACCGUAAUAUCCAGCCCACAGACAUCAUGGCAAACGAGUCCGAAUUUACAGUCAGCACAGUCUGCACAGCCGUAUAGCCACUGCUUUCUCCACAGGUAAGAGG